CUUCCUCUCGCGAGUCUUGCGUCACGGCCGCGUCGGGAAGUGUCCUGCGGGCUCGGAGCUGUUCGGCUGGAGCGUCCGGUGAGCGCGGGAGGAAGGCGUGAGCUCUGUGCUUGGAAAGGACUAAAGAUUAGAUUGUAGGAAAAGUAGAAGCAAUGUUUCGAAGACCUGUAUUGCAGGUGUUUCAGAAAUUUGUAAGACAUGAGUCUGAAGCAGUAAGCAGCUUGGUUCUGGAAAGAUCUCUGAAUCGUGUGCAGUUACUGGGGCGAGUUGGUCAGGAUCCUGUCAUGAGACAGGUGGAAGGGAAAAACCCAGUCACAAUAUUUUCUCUAGCAACAAAUGAAAUGUGGAAAUCUGGAGAAAGUGAAGCAUACCAAAUGGGUGAUGUCAGUCAAAAGACAACAUGGCACAGAAUUUCAGUAUUCCGACCAGGCCUCAGAGAUGUGGCAUAUCAGUAUGUGAAAAAGGGGUCUCGAAUUUAUGUGGAAGGGAAAGUAGACUAUGGUGAAUAUAUGGAUAAAAAUAAUGUGAGGCGACAAGCAACAACAAUCAUAGCUGAUAACAUUAUAUUUCUGAGUGACCAGACAAAAGAGAAGGCAUAGAGCGGACCAUUCUUCUUUGGCCAGUGUUUGGUAUGGUGUCAGAUAUACCUGCUCAAAUCUGCCCUGUGACUGAUUUUGAGAUUCCAUGUUAAGUGGAGAGAGGAAUAUGAUACAUAGAACAGAGGGAGAAAAAGUAUCAAACAGCAUGUGUGGUGUUAUCCCAGUUACCCCAAAAAUGUUGCAAUUAAUAUAAUUAUAUACUUAGAAAAGUCUAGAGCAGCGGUUCUCAACCUGUGGGUCACGACUCCUUUGAAGGUCAAACGACCCUUUCACAGGGGUCGCUUAAGACCAUCGGAAAACACAUAUAUAAUUACAUAUUAUCUUUGUGAUUAAUCACUAUGCUUUAAUUAUGUUCAAUUUGUAACAAUGAAAUUGGGGAUCACCACAACAUGAGGAACUGUAUUAUAGGGUCAUGGCAAUAGGAAGGUUGAGUACUACUGGUCUAGAGGAAGAAACAUUAAAUAUUAUGAUCUCUGGAUGGGGGGGUUUUAUGUGAUUUUUCCUUAUUUCCUUAAACUUUUAUAUAUCCUAAUUUUACUUUUUAGCAUUGAAAGUGUAUUACUUUUAUAAUAAGAAAAAAUAAAGCUGUUUUCAUUUGGGGGAAAAGAAACACCUUUCCAUUAUUUCCAAGGCAGGCUUGCUAAACUCAUUCACCUUCAGCUAAUACCGCUUCAUGUACUAGAGAUGAACAGGUAAUCAACCGUUUGUGUUUUUUCCCCCAUCAUCUGCAUCUUGGCAUCUCAUGCUUAGACACUCAUCUCUCUCUCUCUCUUUUUUUUUCUACCCUCUUUUUCUUUCAUUAUCCUAUUAAUAUGUGUACACAACCCAGAGCAACCAACUUUAAAGACCAACCCACAUGAGAUGCACUGUUCACUGCCUAUACAGUUUUCAGCCAGCAUCCAUUUCUUAAAUACCACCGGACGAUUAAUCUAGAGAUGUCCAAGAAUACCAAGGACAUGCUUCUGUGGCUGUUUUGAGAAUUCCUUUCAUUGCCAACCGGAUUACAGCCUAACCUUUGUAGCUCAGGAGAAAUUAGUAAUAGUUUCUCUUUGUUCCCUAAAGAACAUGCAAUUCUUUUCUUUUUGCUUAAAUAUAUUUUUAUUGAUUUCAGAGAGGAAGGGAGAGGGAGAGAGAGAAACAUUAAUGAUGAGAGAGAAUCAUUGAUUGGCUGCCUCCUGCAUGACCACUGUUGGGGACUGAGCCCACUACUCAGGGAUGUGCCUUGACUGGAAAUCGAACCAUGACCUUCAGAUUCAUAGGUCGAUGCUCAGCCACUGAGCCACCCUGGCUAGGCCAUGCAAUUCUUUAAGGCAGGUUUGCCGUUGAUUCAGACUACUCUUUGCCUCCGUCCAGCUUAGCUUAGCACAGCAACAUUUUAGUGCAUUGUGAAUGUUUGUCGUUCAGUUGGAGUUCACUCAGACACUGACAUGAAAAUGAGGGCAGGAUCAUUUUACUGAGCUAUCUGUCAGGGUUUGCAUCGUGUGCCAUGCAGAUGGUUGGGAGCAACAGCAAACAAAUUUAACAUGCGAGAUGAUCACAGGUAAUGAGUUGUAGAGAAAUCUCUUACAGUAAUUGUACGAAUGGCUGACGUUUGUGUGCUUACUGCCUGCCAGGCUAAGUGCUUUUGUCACUGUCUCAUUUAACUUUGACCCUAGGAAGAAGGUAGUAUUAGCCUUAUUUUACCUGGGAAGAGGAAACCCUAAGCAGAGAUUGAGUAGCAUAUUGAAGUCAUGUAGCUUAAAAGAGGCAACCUUGAGUGUGAACUUAGGUAUGUGAAGUUUUCAUUUUGUUUUCUGCCCACCGCCUGUUUCCUGCCACCCUCCCACUCCCAUUGCCCCUAGAAUCCACAACUCCUCGCUGCUAACCUUCAACCAGCACCCAUGCAGGGAGCAUAUGAAUCUCACAGGGAGUUUAACACAUAAUUGGUCGGGGGAGAAUCACACGUGAGGGAGAAAUACCUCUAUCUUUUUAUUCUUUCUGAUUUUCAGUCUGAUAGCUACUGGAAAAUAAGUCACAGCUAAUGUCUCUACCAGGUUAUCUUUACACAUUCCUCUUUUAACCAAGCAGUGCCUCUUCUGGUUAAAGUAAGUUCAUUGUGUGUGCUCAUUGUUUCCUUCCUAUGGAGAGAUAAAUUGUUAGGAAGAUGGUUCUAGAAUUUGUCAGGCUCACUGGAGGAAGACUUGGCAUGUAUCGACAAUAUUUGAGCCCCCACUUGCUGCUGUAUUUGCCUCUGUGCCAGUCCCACAGUCCGUGAUAGGACUGUGGAUGUUUUUUUCUGCCGUCAAAAUCAUGCAGCCACAGUAAUGAAAUUUCUCUUUUUGUCUUUUUCCUCUUCAUCCUUUUGUUCUCUCCCGUGCUUUUUUUUUU